GGGGGCGGGAGGGCGCCGGCCGUCGGUUGGAGCCCUCGCCCCGCCCCCAGGCCGACUUCCGCGCCCCGCGGGGGCGUGUGCGGCGCUCGGACCUACGCCGACGCCGGUUAAGAUCAGCGCCCCGCUGCCGGGGCCAUGGAGGCGCCGGGGGAAGCCGAGGGGGAGCCUGAGGACGGGGACAGCAGCUGCGCGGACGUGUGCUUCAUGGACAAAGGCCUGCGGGGCAUAUCAGAAUUAUCCUUAGAUUCAACUCUUCAUGCUAUCAAUCUUCAUUGCAAUAACAUCUCAAAGAUCGAAGCCAUUGAUCAUGUUUGGAAUUUACGACAUUUAGAUCUGUCAUCUAAUCAAAUAACUCAAAUCGAAGGGCUCGACACACUGACAAAACUAUGCACUUUAAAUUUGUCCUGCAAUUUGAUCACAAAAAUAGAAGGACUUGAAGCACUAAUUAAUCUGACUAGACUGAAUUUAUCCUAUAACCACAUAAAUGAUCUUAGUGGUUUGAUGCCCCUUCAUGGAAUUAAACAUAAACUUAGAUACCUGGACCUGCACAGUAAUUGUAUAGAUAGUAUCCAUCACUUACUUCAGUGUUUGGUAGGAUUGCACUUCUUGACUAAUCUUAUUUUGGAGAAGAAUGGCGAGGACAAUCCUGUGUGUCGCAUACCAGGGUACAGAGCAGUCAUGCUGCAGACUUUGCCGCAGCUUAGAAUCCUUGAUUGCAAGAACAUCUUUGGUGAGCCAGUAGGUGUGUCAGAAAUGGAUUCAUCACAGCUGCAGUGCUUUGAAAGUCUUCUGGAUAAUUUAGUUUCUUCUGAUUCUCCCCUAAAUAUAAGUGAAGAUGAGAUCACUGAUGGUGUGCCAGUGGUGACGCCACCCAUCACCGAGAUCACCGCCUUGGACCAGUGUGCGAGUGCACCAGCAGAUGCCGGUUUGACGUCCUUUAUAUCUGCGUGUCCGUCUUCUGAACCAGAGAAAGUUAGUCCUGAGAACGAUUUUCAGAAUGAGAUGAAACUUCAGAAAUUAGAUGAUCAGAUUUUACAGCUUCUCAAUGAAACUUCUAAUUCUUUAAUAGAUAAUGUUCCUGAGAAAGAUCUCAGACCAAAAAGAGACACAGAUGUAACUUCUGAAAGUGACUUUGGAAACAGGAAAGAAUGUAAUAAAAAAAUUCCUCGAAGAUCAAAAAUCCCGUGUUAUUCCAGAACUAUUCAGACUAUUAAGCACCACAGUAAAAACAACAGCCCUUUGACCAGUUGUAAUCGUAAAAUGAAACAACCUUUUUUUAAAGAAUUGUAUAUAAGAUCAUCUAUAGUGAACUCUAACAUAUUAGAAGAAUCAGAAGAGCAGAAGACUGAGCUGGUUAAAGUGGACAACGGCAGCUCCGAAGACACCACUUACCGGGCGCUCAUUGAACAGCUGGACCAAGAGAGAGAGAAGAGAUGGAAAGCUGAACAAGCUGAAAAGAAGCUUAUGGAUUACAUUGACGAACUGCAUAAGCAUGCCAGUGAAAAAGAGGAUCUUCACAGCCUGGCUCUGCUCACCACGGAUAGGCUAAAGGAAAUUAUUUUUAAAGAGAGAAAUUCCAAACUACAACUCGAAGUUAUGGUUCACAGACUUCAAAGUGAAGUAAAAAAACUAACUAUUGAAUUAAUUAAAGCAAGAGAUCAGCAAGAGGAUCACAUUAGACACUUGAGAAUCCUGGAGAAAGCGUUAGAAAAAAUGGAGAGGCAGAAAAGGCAGCAGCAGGCGGCACAGAUGCGACUGAUCCAAGAGGUGGAGCUCAAAGCUACAGCUGCUGACAGAGAAAUAAACUUACUUAGAACUUCCCUUCAUCAAGAAAAGGAGCAAGUGCAACAACUUCAUGAACUUCUUGCAUUGAAAGAACAAGAACACAGGAAGGAACUUGAAACAAAUGAGUUCUUUAGUGAUGCUGAGUUCCAGGAAGCCUUAGCUAAAGAAAUAGCUAAAGAAGAGAGAAAGCACGAGGAAGAAAUAAAAGAAUACCAAGAAAAAAUUAAUGUAUUAAACCAACAGUAUGUUGAUUUAGAAAAUGAAUUCCGUAUCGCUUUAACUGUUGAAGCCAAAAGAUUUAAAGAUGUUAAAGAUGGUUUUGAAAAUGUUGCAACUGAGUUAGCAAAGAGCAAGCAUGCUCUUGUUUGGGCUCAACGAAAAGAAAAUGAGUCUUCCUCUUUAAUUAAAGAUCUGACUUGUAUGGUGAAGGAACAAAAAACAAAACUUGCAGAAGUUUCCAAACUGAAACAGGAAACAGCAGCAAAUUUACAGAAUCAAAUCAACACCCUUGAAAUUUUGAUUGAAGAUGACAAGCAGAAGAGUAUUCAAAUAGAACUUCUCAAGCAUGAAAAAAUCCAGCUUAUUUCCGAGCUAGCAGCCAAGGAAUCACUCAUUUAUGGUUUAAGGACAGAAAGAAAAGUAUGGGGACGUGAACUGGCACAACAGGGAUCUUCUCUAGCCAAAAGACGUGGCAAACUAGAGGCUCAAAUUGAAAGUUUAUGUAGAGAGAAUGAAUCUCUGCGAAAGACAAAUCAACGUGAUAAUGAUGCAUUAAGAAUUAAGUGCAAAAUCAUAGAUGACCAAACUGAAACUAUUGGAAAAUUAAAAUGUUGUUUACAGGAAAGAGAGGAUCAAAUCAAAAUAUUAGAAGGAAAGAUCCAUGAAAUAGAAAAAUGUACUCAAGAACAACUUGAUGAAAAAUCUUCACAACUGGAUGACAUAGUUGAGAAACUAGAAAAACACAAUGCAAGAAAAGAAAAAUUAAAACAGCAGUUGAAAGUAAAGGAAUUAGAACUUGAAGAAAUUAGAAAAGCUUACAGUACUCUUAAUCAGAAGUGGCACGAUAAAGGAGAACUUCUAAGUCAUCUUGAAAUGCAAGUAAAAGAAGUGAAAGAAAAAUUCGAAAACAAAGAAAAGAAACUUAGAACGGAAAGAGACAAAAGUCUUGAACUACAAAAGGAUACGAUGGAAAAGCUUCAUAGUAUGGAUGAUGCCUUUAAAAAGCAAAUUCAAGCCAUUGUUGAAGCUCAUCAAGCUGAAAUAUUACAACUGGCGAAUGAAAAGCAGAAAUAUAUUGAUUGUGCAAAUUCGAAGGUUCAUCAAGUUGAAGAGGAAAUGCGUGGACUUCUGGAAGAAACAUGCAAGAACAAAAAAGCAAUGGAAGAAAAAAUUAAUCAACUUGCUAUUGCUCUAAAGGAAAUUCAACAAGAAAUGUAAUGGCUCUGAGAAGAAGUUUGAUUGAAAUGGACCAGCAGACUUAUUGUAAAAAUGAUUAAAUAUUGUAACGGUAGUAACUGCUGUGACUUUGAAAUGUCUUUUUCUACACAUUUCAUUCUGAUUAUAUUUUAAAAGACUUGUGAUCAAGUAUUUAUUAAUUGUGUAUGUAGGUUUUUAUAAUAAAUUGUUCGUAAUUAUGUGUAUUAGAAAAACCUAUCAAAAUUACUAAACUUAAUACACUUUUUCUUGUUUCUGUGCUAUACAUUGUUUGGUGAUUACACAUUUGCCUACAACUAUGUAAAUGAAAAUUAAGAUUCGUAUUCUGACUAUAUGAGGGGAAGUAUUUUUAAUCAUUGUUACCUUAUUGUCUUGAUGAAGAACUAAUUAUAUUUAUUGGUUGUCCUUUA